AUGAUGCGGUCUUACUUGCUCAUCGCUGCCACUGCAGCGGUUGCAUCUGCCCUGGAUGACAUCAAUACGAAGCCAGACGCCCUUGAUACCGACUUCCUCAAGAGCCUGCCUAACCCCGUAGUCAACCUCAUUCCGGGUCUCUUAGAGCAUACUAUUUCUUUCGAUACUGACGCUGCCGUCGUUACUGCCGCCGCCGAGGUGGACGAGACCCCCUUGAGCGUCUUCCCUGCUGCCACCAGCGUCCCCAUCAACGCUGCAGGAGAGGAUGGCGGUGCUCAGAGACGUGCAACCUCGACCCAACAGCGUGCGGUGCCGGAGCAGCUUGCGGCACGUGACGCUUGCGGCCCGGAACCCAUCAUCUCUAACAUCUACAAUAUUGACGUCUCGAGCUAUGCAUCCUUUAUGGCCGACCCUAAGAUUGCGUCGAUUGCUUCCGGGGCCGCUACGCCUUCUGGCUAUGUCCAGAGCUUUAAGAAUCUCUACGGCGCCACUAGCGCCAGCGCAUAUAUGGGCUACACCGUCCUGACGACUGGCUACGAUGUCGAUGCCUGUGCUAGACAGUGUGAUGAGCAGUCUGGCUGCUUGGCCUUCAAUAUCUUUUUCGAGCGAAGCCCCAUGGUCAGCCCCGGCCCCGGCUGCGAGAACCCGGCCGCAUUUGCAAACAUCAUGUGCAGCUUCUGGGGAGUACCCCUCGACAAGACGACAGCUACCUACAAGGGCUCAUAUAGAGAGGAGUUCCAGGUCGGCAUAGCCGGUUCGACGGCUUAUACGGUCGUUACUGUGGGCCGUCCCGUUGACGGCUACGUUUCACCUCCGUCGGACCUGGGCAAGGCUUCGAUGCAGGCUCCUCUACGCGACUGCGGCGGCACGUGGACGUACAUGGGCUACAAGAUCUACCAGGACCAGCCGUUCGACCCUCGCCUAUGUGGUGCGGCCUGCGAUGCCCAGACCGAGUACAACAUUGCCCACCCUCCCUCUACAGGGAAGGCGGCUAAGUGUGGUGCCUUUGGCACUUAUCUGGUCCAGAAGACUACCUCGUCGGGCACGUGGAUCCUGGGCCAGAUGUGUACUCUGUAUACUUCGACUUAUAACGCGACCCUCGCGACUAAUACGGGUAGGACAGACCCGGACAGGACUCAGUGGACAAUAUCCGCCAGUUUCUUCUACUCGCGGGCUGACCGCCAACCCAUCUGCAGCUCGUCUAUAGAAUACCUCAAGGCCGAGGGCCAGGAGUUCUGCUCGUCAUUUAUUAGCUACUCAGCCCCCUCGGUUACUAUUUUAACUUCCGCCACUCCGACCAAUAAGGCCAUCAUUACCGCCACCUUGACUGUCACCGUCAACACCGGCAGCCCGACCACCACAUUCACAGGCAAUGCCAACUGGAAGCGUGGUGGCAAGUUUGCCCGCCAGGAGGGUCCUUCUUCAUCAGAACCCUUGUCGGCGGCUGCCCCUGAGCCCACCGCCGCACCCUCAUCGACAACCAACCACGAACACCUCGACGUCGAGGUGUCGGCCAUCGCCAACCUGGGCCCCAGCACCAUUGCCGUCCUGACCGACGUCGUCACUCAGGCCUUGCCUAGCAACGGAACCACUCCCAGGUUCGCCCGCCGCGCCGUCGCCACACCGACUUCUAUCGCGGACUGGCCGACUUCGCGCAUCUCUGAGGCCUGCUCUGACGUCGCCGCGGGCACCGUCACCGUGGUCAGAACCCAGUUCGCCGCCUCCCUGACCACGACCACGACCGCGCUGGCCAGCACCACCAUCGCUGCCUGCAUCAUCCCCUCGCAGCAGGCCGAGUACAAAAACCUGAUUCCCAUAUGGGGCGCCUGGGACGCCGCCGGCGCGAGUCCCGGACUCAACCCGAACGGGCAGUACGGUCGCGUCGCCGCCGUGCAGCUGCCGUUCCCGUACUGCGCAUACGGCGUCUGCACAAACGUCAUCUCCGUCUCCACCGACGGCGCCUUCUUCUUCACCAACCCAGCCAACAGUGCGGAGAGAAUCACCAUGAACGUCUACCAGGGCACGGGCCAGUACCUAUACCCGGGCCAAACCCACGGCGUGUACACUCGUAUCACCGGCGCCCAGGGAAGUAGGCAAUUCACCAUAAGCUGGUACGCCGCGACCUUCCAGUGGAAUCACGCAAUGAUGCACGUCACGGCCACCUGGUACGAAAACGCGCCCAACACCGUCUACUACAAGUACUACGAUGCCGUCCAGGUUUAUACGAACAUCCACAGCAUCUCCAAGGGGAAUACCUUGACCCGCGUCUGGCCCGCUGGGUACAUGAAGGCCGGCACGCAGAUCAGGAUUGACACCACGCCCGGCUCCGACGGCGCGGCCACCUUUGCCGCGACGCAGCGCAACCGUAUCGACUGCUGCACAAUCCAGGAUGGCACAGCUGCACCGAAUGGCAGCCCCAGGCCCUCUGAAAAGAAAAGCAAAAAAAGAAAUCGAGAUCGAGGGGAGUUGGUUGUCAAUGCCCUGGCGUUGUCUGUUGUGACGAGCUGGGCGCGCGGCGGGGCGGAGGCAUUAUCCUCGAAGAGGGGAAUCACAUCAGCACUUUGCAUGUGA